AUGCCAUCACCAAAGUACAAAGAGACCGUUGAGUCGCUCAAGAGCGGUUAUCGUUAUUUCGAGAAGCAAACUAGGAGGGGUCACACGGAUCGUUCCUUUGUUCAACGGUACUAUAAAGCUAUCGCCGACGGAUUGGUGCGUCAAGACGAUACCAUAUUUCCCCUAGCAGCGAGCCUCCUAGAGCAAGAGAUCCGAAACCCUACAAAAAAGAGACUGCGGGCUGAGCAGGACGAAGACAACACACGUCCAGCAAAGAAGAGGCAGAAGCACGAUAAGAAGACUCGCAAGGCUCGCAAGACGAAGAGGGCCCCUACUGCCGCCGCCGAGCCCGCCGCUGAGUCCGUUGCUGAGUCCGCCAGCAAAUCCGACUUGCCAGCCACCACUCCUAAGGCGAAGAAGAGUUGCAAGGCGAAGAGGACCCACACAGCCGCCGCCGAGUCUGUUGCCGAGUCUGUCGCUGAGUCCACCAGCGAAUCUGACUUGCCAGCCACCACUCCCAAGUCGAAGAAGACUCGUAAAACCAAGAAGACUCGCAAGGCGAAGAGGGCCCCCACUGCCUCCCCCGAGCCCGCCACCGAGUCCGCCAACGAGUCCGCCAACGAGCUAGACCUUCCAGCCACCACAUCGAAAGCGAAGAAGACUCCCAAGACCAAGAAAAUUCGCAAGGCGAAGAGGACCCUCACUGCCGCCCCCGGGUCCGCCACCGAAUCCGACAGCACCUCAUCCAACAACACCGCAUCCGAUUUCAGCUCCAACAAAAAAAAAGAACCGUACGUCGACGGCCGCCAAACAAUUCGCGGCCAAAGUUCAAAGCCUGUAGAGCCUGCCAAAUCCUGCAUCGAGGCCAGCCAACUCACCGGUGUUCCGUAA